AUGACCCUCAAAUUCAUCAUCGUAGGCGCAGGCCUCAUCGGCCCCCGACACGCCCAAUCCAUCCUCUCCAACCCCUCCACCGACCUCGUCGCCCUCAUCGACCCCCUCCCCAGCGCCGCAACCACCGCCCAAAAGCUAGGAACAAGCUACUACCCAACAAUAGAAGCCACCCUACAGGCAAUCCCCAAGCCCGACGCCGCCAUAGUCUGCACCCCAAACCACACCCACGUCGCCAUCACCAAGCAACUACUCCUCGCAGACAUCCACGUCCUCGUCGAGAAACCCCUCGGCGACAACAUCGCCUCAGCCCGCGAGCUCCUCACCCUCCUCCACCAACCCCAACACUCCCACCUCAAGCUCCUCGUCGGCCACCACAGACGCUUCAACCCCUACGUGCUCAAGACAAAGGAAAUCCUCACCUCAGAGACCAACUCCCUCGGCCACAUCAUCGCCAUCAACGGCCUCUGGACCCUCCUCAAACCCCCCUCCUACUUCUCCGCACCAACCGCCUGGCGCGCCUCAUCCACAACAGGCGGCGGCGUCAUCCCCAUCAACCUCAUCCACGACAUCGACAUCCUCCACUACCUCCUGGGACCCAUCACCCGCGUACACGCCGAGCAAACGCCCCCGCAGCGCACCAACCCCGCCGACGAAGGCGCAGCCAUCACCCUCCGCUUCGCAUCCGGCGCAGUCGGGACCUUCCUCGUCUGCGACGCUACGCCCUCCCCGCAUAAUUUCGAGGCCGGGACCGGCGAGAACCCGCUGAUUCCGCGGGUGGAGGGCGGCGGGGCGGAUUUUUAUCGCAUCUUUGGAUCCCGCGCGUCGCUGAGUGUGCCGGAUAUGACGCGGUGGAGUUAUGAUGGGUGUGGGGAGGGGGGUUGGGGUGAGAGGCUGGGGGUGGAGAGGUUUGAGGUGGAGGAGGGGAGGAGGCCGUUUGAUGAGCAGGUGAGGCAUUUUGUGGAUGUUAUUUUGGGGAGGGCUGAGGUGGGGUGUUCGGGGGAGGAGGGGUUGAGGGCUUUGCUUGUUUGUGGGGCUGUUAGGGAGUCGUUGGAUACUGGGGUGCCUGUUGAUGUUGAUGUUGAUGUUGGUGCUUUUUAG